GUCAGUGAAGAAUCAACAACAAAAUAAUUCGGCACUCGAAAAGAAAUGCGCCCUUUAUACCGCGCUGGCAGGUGAUGGCUGCUGGUCAGCUGAUUGGCUGCUGCUUCUGCGUCAUCACCGCCCAUUGUUCAACUCACCCGCGGCCUUGGAGACUUCUCCAACUCAAGUCUCUAGGGGACUUUCUUCUUUUUCUUCACAUUCUCUUCGAUUCUGGUGCUCUGGAACCCUUCACGCGAUAUGACGACCCUUACCCCCCGUGAACCUUACUCCCAGGAGGAAAUCAACAAGCUCUACCCAAAGGAAUUGAAGCUCCAGUUGGUUCAAGUUUUUUUGCGACAUGGCGAGCGCACACCGGUAUCUUCACGGUUUGAGAGUGCAGGGCUUUCACCAUACUGGCCUUACUGCAAUGUUGCCCGCCGCAUGGUCCAGAUGGCCGGCAGUAAUGAGGACCUCUCAUCCUGGAACGGCUUUCAAUGGCGAAGGAAGAUGGAAACGUUUGGUGACAAUGAUGAAACAAUAGUUACUGUCGGUGCAGGUGGUAACAUUGAAGGCAUUUGGCAAAGGGGUACAUCUCAUUCUAAUGGAUAUUUGAAUAGUCAACACGGUGAGUUGACGGAUAAAGGACGUGAGACGACCUACCAGCUCGGCCAGCGCCUGCGGAAUCUCUAUGUGAACCAACUCGGGUUCAUGCCGAAGAUCAAGGCUGACACGGAAGACAUGUAUCUCCGUGCGACGACCAUUCCAAGAGCUCUGGAGUCCCUUCAACAAGCAUUCUGGGGAAUGUACCCUCCUAAUGCCCGUACGGAAGACCUUAAACCACCCGUUAUUGUGGCUCGAUCUGUGUCCGAGGAGACUCUUUUCCCCAACGAAAGCAAUUGCCGGCGAUUCAGGCAGCUUGCUAGACUUUUUGCCGAUAGGGCUGCGCAAAAGUGGAACGACUCCAAAGAAAUGGACUAUAUCAAUAGUGUUUAUGGCAAAUGGAUGCCUGAGCAUUCACCCCGAGUGGCUGUAGACUCUCACCCACGUCUAUCAGGUAUUCAGGAUACAAUCAACGCAACGGAUGCCCACGGAGCCGCUACAAGGCUCCCUUCGGAGUUCUACAACAAGAAGGCUCGAGCAUACAUGGAGGAUAUCGCCGUCGAUGAAUGGUUCACUGGAUACAACGAGAGCACAGAGUACCGCAAGCUCGGCAUCGGCGCUCUUAUGGGCGACGUCGUCGACCGCAUGGUCACCACCGCUGUGGAUGGUGGCUGGCGCAGCGAAACCGCCGCCUCUGGAUCUUCUGCGGAGAAGGGCAAAGCGAUCAAGUUUGCCAUGAGCGGAUGCCACGACACGACCCUCGCAGCCAUUCUCGGCAGUCUCGGUGCCUCCGAUGGCAGAUGGCCUCCUUUCACCUCCUCUCUCGCCGUCGAGCUCUUCUCGCCUGCAAACUCAUCGGCCGAGCCUAGCACAAACACUGGGCCGACUGCAUCCAAACAAGGCGGUGGUCUUUUCUCUUUCCUGUCCGGGUCAUCUUCAUCGACGCCUAGCAAAUCUCACCUCCCGCCUUCUCCGACAGCCCGCGCACCCCUCCCGUCCCUCCCAGAUUCUGCACGCCAGUCCCUCCAAAAACACUACGUUCGCGUCCGCUACAACGACGAGGUGGUUCGUAUCCCCGGCUGUGCUGCAAAGCCCCAGAAUCAUCUACCCGGCGACGACACAUUCUGUACUCUAGACGCGUUCAAGGAGAUUGUCGACAAGUUCACGCCGAAGAGCUGGAGGAACGAGUGCGUUCAGAACUUGGGCGAGGGGAUAUACGGAAAGGAUGAUAGUGAGAAGGCUGUUUCUGGGUUCUAGAUUCACUUCAACCUUUGGGUGUGAGCGCCAUAUUACUAGUAUACAUUGUAAUACGUAAUAGAGCGGCGAGGCUUAUAGCUAGCAUGUAUAUACCUUAUACCGGCUUAUGCAAAUACAAUCUGAUGAUUUAUAUAAGUCAUGUUUUCCCC